AUGGAAGAAUUUGGUGACGCUAUGGCCGCAUCCGAAAAAUAUGAGCAGGAAAUAUCUGCAAUUGCUCUGCAAGCGAAGAUACCACAUUUCUGGCGUGCACAACCAAGGCUUUGGUUCGCUCAAUUUGAAGCAGUUAUAGCACCUCACAAGACCAGCGACGAACAAAAAUACAACUUGGUGAUUCCAGUACUAGAAAGAAAAGACAUAGAACAAAUCAGCGAUAUCAUCUGUAAACCACCAGAGAUAGGAAAAUACAACGCUUUGAAGAAACGUUUGCUGUCGGUAUAUGAGGAAUCCGAAUCUCGACAGUUCCAGAAGCUCCUGAGUGGAUUGGAGCUAGGUGAUCAGAAACCAACACAACUGCUGCGGGUGAUGCGAGAACUGGCCGGAGAGAAAGUACCCGAUAAUGCACUGAAAAUAUUAUGGAUGGGACAUCUACCGUCACAAGUUCGAGCCGUCUUAUCUGUUAACACAGAAGCAAGUCUCGAUACACAAGCAAUGAUGGCAGAUAAGAUGAUGGAGCACACGGAUCAGACAAUAUCAGAAGUCAGUCAGGUCUCAAGCAUACCACCUACAAGUCCCAGUAGUUGUCAAGAUCUACAAUUCCAAGUCUUAACCAAACAGAUUGAAAAGCUUACCCUAGAAAUCGCAUCGUUAAGGAAGGAAAAUGCAAGUCAUCGUCGAUCGUCUCAUUCAUUCCGAAAGAACAACUACGGUUCAAGAUCACGAUCCCAUUCAAGAUCCAGGACAGGCAAAAAACCAGGCGAUCCAGACUGGGAGUGCUAUUAUCAUCAUCGAUUUGGAAACAGGGCAAAGAAGUGUGAACCGCCAUGCGCUAGGAAACCGUCGGAAAACUAA